UGCUCUCUCUCCCUCUACUCUGUGUCUCCUCAUUGCACCGAACGCUGCACAGGAGGUAAUUUCAGCCACUUCAUUUAUUAGUCAUCGCUGGUUGUUGGUUGGAACAAGCUAAUUAAAAGGAGGGUGAGUGUGAGUGUGUGUAUGUGUGGAAGAUUUGGAGACAGAGACUCCGCUGCUGCUGCUGCUGCUGCCGUCUCUCACGCUUUACUGUGGACCAGGAGGGAGCAAGAGAGGGGAGAGUAGAAGAGGAGGAAGAGAGGCGAGACAGACAGCUGGGUGGAAGGAGAUUUUCACACCACUUUACCAUCAUCUGAUCUGACAUGACCACCGCAUAGGAAUCUGGUGCCACGGCAACCGUCAAGCUCGGCGACGAGGUAUCAGGGGAUUAGGAGACAGAGAGCUGGACAGAGGGACGCUCAGAAAAACAGAGAGAGGGAUGGCUGUGGAGGAGAAGCCGGGUGUAAAGAGCAGCAGCUCCAUCGUCCCCUGCUUCCUGUUUGUGGAGCUGGUGAUCAUGGCUGGGACGGUGCUGCUGGCUUACUACUUCGAGUACACGGACACCUUCCCCGUGCACAUCCAGGGCUUCUUCUGCUACGACAAGACCUUCUCUAAGCCCUACCCCGGUCCGGACGAAGGCAGCAAGAUCCCCCCCGUGCUCAUAUACUCGCUGGUCACAGCCAUCCCCACCGUCACGAUUCUUGUUGGAGAGCUGUGUGCAUUCUUCACCAAGGCAGAGGGAACACAGGAGAAGACCAUUGUCACCGCAGACUGCUGCUACUUCAACCCCCUACUGAGACGCAUAAUACGCUUCCUAGGUGUCUAUGCCUUCGGCCUGUUCACCACCACCAUCUUUGUCAAUGCUGGCCAGGUGGUGACAGGAAACCAGACACCUCACUUCCUGUCUGCCUGCCGACCAAACUACACAGCGUUAGGAUGCCAGUCCACCAUGCAGUACAUCGCAGAGCGCCGUGCCUGCACGGGCAACCCGUUGGUUGUCAUGUCUGCGCGGAAAUCUUUCCCGUCCAAGGACGCAGCGCUCAGCAUCUACUCUGCAGUGUACACAGUGAUGUACGUGACACUGGUGUUCAAGACCAAAGGCACGCGGUUGACCAAGCCCACCAUCAGCCUCACCCUCUUCUGCCUGGCCUUGCUAGUGGGCGUGGUCAGAGUGGCUGAGUACCGCAACCACUGGGCCGACGUCCUGGCAGGAUUCUUCACCGGGGGCGCCAUCGCUGUGUUUCUGGUAACUUGUGUGAUAAACAAUUUCCAGCAGAUGCUGCCGAGUCCUCCUGUACUACGACCCCAACGCCCCGAGUCCAUGCUGGGCAUGCCAAUGGUGACGCUGCCCUGUGUGGAGAGUCCACUCGAAAAGUUAAGUGGCCCUCAGUAUCCUGCACUCUCCUCUUCCUCCCCACCUUACAACACCUACGUCCAACCAUUCUAACCAACUUUAAAUCUUUUGUCACUCCUCACUAUCUCCGUCAUCCGUUGCCUUAUUUCUGUUUUUUGCUCGGUUGCACCUGAUUUCUCCUCUUACUCGCCCUUCAUCUCGUGCAUUUCUCUUGAUUUUUCUUUUCUUCACUUUUCUCUCUCCCUCGCCUUCUCUCUGCCCCAUCCUCUCUCUUUCUCACUCCUCUCUUUCCCCUGCAGACUCCGCGGGGAUCUCCAUUCACCGAGAUCACAUGACCAUCAGCCCUAUCGGUUCCCCGCCACCCCCGAUGUCCUCAUACCGUCUCGCUCCAUUUCCAGCGAAGUCUAGACCAGUCGGAGCAGCACUCGCCGCAAUGCGCCGCCCAUCCGGCUGGGCGGUAUGCAACGCUGCACCGCUCCUACUCCACGCAGGUCUAGACCUCUCCUUGAUACAGCACACACACAUACACACACACACACCACCCUGAUGACCUCUCAACCCCCGGGGAACCGAUAGGCAAACUCUUCAAAUACUUUCUCUUUGCUGGACAAGUAAAGAGCUGAACAUUCAGUACAGAGUCAGGUACUUCUUUCUUUUUCAUUUUUAAUUCUGACUUUGGUUGUAACUUUUUUUGUAUAAACUCCAUCAUGGGAAGCUCACUUUCAUCUUCAGUGGCGUGCUUCUGUAAGGAAAAACACAUCAAACUGUGACCACUGAGAAUGUCCAUUGCUUUGAUUUCUUCGUUUAACAACGGUGAGUUUUCGCCUGUUUAAAGGCGGCAAAACGUGACGGUGAACUCACUGUAUGCUGUCAGGAGGUUGCCAUGUUGGACCAAAGAAACCUGCUGAAGGGCACGUGUGCUGCUGAAAUUUACCAGACAAAACAUCCUUUUAGCAAGCCUUACACACACACACACACACACACACACACACGCACACACACACGCACACACACACACACACACACACACACACACACACACACACACAAGCACGUAGCAGUAUGAGUAGCAGUGCCGUUGUCAGCUCCGCAUGAGAUUUGCUCAGAUCAAAGAAUCCACUUUGUAUCUCUCAGCAGAAGCAACAAACAAAAGCAGACAGGAUGAAAGUACAGACAUCUUCACUUGGCUUUCUUCUUCACAUUUUUUCUUUCUCUCAGAUGGUUGCAGCUUCGCCAAAAAAACUAAUGUGAAAUGCAAACACAUUUGCUAAGACUAAGCCGAGCUCCCGAAUGCAGGUGGCUCAACAGUGAGCCAAAUAAAGUGCAUCACAUUCUGGAGUAAAUAUUUGUUCAGUUUUGUAUUCUUUUGAGACAAGAAGCUUUCAUACAAAACACUUCCUGUGAUGCAAACAGACUUUUCGUUUUGUUUUAUUUCGCUCUUCAACGUCACCUUGAAAUGGAAUUUCUUUCUCGCCGAAUCUUGAAAAGAUUCGCUACAAUCUUGUCGAGUCAUGUAAUUAUUGUGAUUAAUUUCUAAGAUUUUAUUAACAGAUUUAUUUAUUGGCGUGUAUAUAUGAUGUGGUUGCCAUGAGCGCUCCAUGUGGCGUGACAGUUUUGCUGAUUUUGAUUUGCACACUCCUUCAAAUCCAUGUUUUGUAUUGUUCUCCCUCCUCUUCUUCUCCCCACACAUCUUUAAACAACCUUUUGUUUAGCUUUUCUCUGUGGUGUCUUGACUACAAUACCAUCACUGUGCUGUGAAAUGUUUCCCUCUGCUGGACACACACACACACACACACACACACACACACACACACACACACACACACACACACACACACACACACACACACACACAGAAGAGUACAAAGCGCACGUAUGUUUAAACAUAUUAAAAAGCACACAAAUGCACAAUCACACUUAUAUCCCAGAACCUAGUUGUUACGUCCUUUUUCCCUUCAACCACUUUGUAACACUGAAACUUCUUUGUAUGAUAUUGUACAUAACUUUUGUAUUGAGAGUGUGAUUUUUACACAACACUCAGUGUAGAGAUUGGGGGAAAUCUUGUCUGUAUUCUGAUGAUAGAGAACAGUGUGUAUGAAGGUGCUGAACCACUCUGAACAAACACUGGAACACUUGGAAAACACCCAGAUGACUCACUCUUUGAAUAAAACUGUAUUUGCCCACUGGACCAAGUUCAGACUGCGAGAGUUGUUUCCUCACAGUUAAUAGCAUACUGUGUGUUCAUUAGGUUAUGAACUCAAAGUCCUCUGUGUUUUGAAUUUGAAUAUGAGCAUAAAUAAUAUUAGACCUGAAUCACUUUUGACCUCUUUUCUUGGCAAGUCUCCAGACAUGGCCUAAUGUUAGCGCACACAGCCAGUCCAAACGUAAAAGUCAAGGAAGGCAUGUUAAUUCAUUUUGCAUUAUUCAGACAAAAGGCAAUUCAAAGUGCUUUACAGGAGAAAUAUAUUAAACAUAAGACAUUAAGAAAACAUUCAAAUUGUAUUUUUAAGGCUGCUGGAAAACAAUGUGGAUGAUAGCUUUGAAACCAAACCAAGUAAUUAAGUUAAACCAAAACAAUGAGCUGAAAGAUGCUAAAACGCUCAUGUCACAUUACACGUUGUCAUAUGAAUAUAAAAAUAUUGAUUUGUUCAAAGAAUUUGAAUCUAAAACCUAUGUGGUUUGGUCCCAAAUUUGGAAAGAUAGUCAGUACAAGAUAGCCUAAAUGAGCAACUUGUGUUAGCCACAUGUCAUUGUGCUUCUUCCACUGACUAAAACAAUCACUUAAUGCUCCUUUAAUAUCCAUGUUGCUUUGUGGACUUGACCUAAAAUGCUUUGUAAAAAAAGAUUGUGCAUUAUUGGCGGCGCCAAUGUUAUGAAAUGCUAUAAACUUCCUGUCUCCUAAGUGGGCAUGGUCUGAAGUAUUUAUAUUUUAUUGUUCUAACGUUAGAUAUGUACACAGCUAACAGACAUAUUUAGCAUUAUGAAUAUAAGUUAGGGCGUUCGUCAACGUUGUUUGACGUAAGCUUGAAAUUUUGACGCAGCUUUGUCGGGUUUUCUUGCCGAGACAGACACAUCUGACAAAUUGGUCUCAAACAAAGUACAUUUUAUCCUGGAAAAUGCCCUUUUAGUGUCGCAACGUUUGGAAGAUAUGUGGCUGGUGAUAAACAAAGUCCAAUAUUUCCAUUCUAAACUGUCCCAGAUUUGACUUGAGCCGACACAAGACCAUAAACGUGUCUGGACAGAAAAAAGGGAAAUUGCAAUCACAUCCAUAUUUUAUAGAUACAAAAGUAUAAUUUUGGGAUUUAUCCAUGUGCCAGGAAGUUCUUUGUUGUUAUUGUUUCUAAUAUUUCUACAGGGAAAUAAACCAUGUGGUUAUAUGUGCAGCACAAGGGAAUGUGCUGAAUUACUUUUACAUAGUAUCCCGUGUAUGUUGAGCUCAGUUGAGCAGAAAGAUGAAGUAGAGAUUAACUGAGCAUCUUCAAAUUUGACUUAUCAUCAUUAAACUGUAACAUUCUGUUCGGCUCAGAGAGUCCGGCCACGUACCUGCGUACCACGUACCUGCAAAGUUGUGAAUUUGAGUCAGACUCAUGACCUUUGCUGCAUGACAUCCUUUUGUAUCGUAUUUUUCCUCUUUGCUCUCCAGUCUUUCCCGAUGAAGCAGAAAUGCCUUAAAAUAACCUCAAUGGAAAUGAACAGAGCACACAGAAUAUUAAGUACGUUACAUGGACAGCUUGUAAAUGUGUGUGUAUGUUUUGCGAGCUUCUCAUCUGCAGUCAGUAUGUGAAUCGGUGUUCACUGUGUGAGCGCUGCUUUAGCACAAGAAAUACUCAAAUAAGAUACAAACACCAAAAGAAAAAAACAGAAAGUCAGAUUCUCUUCAGGUCAGAAUAUGUUCUCCUCUGGUUCAACCGUCAACACCACAGCUUUGCUUUCCUGUAAAGUCUGCCGUGACUCGUGUUUUAAAUCAAAGAACAAACACGCUGCAGUUGACUGACGUGUGAAUACGAAAGCACCGGUCUCCUUCAGAUCUGCAACUCUGGGGGAGAAAAAUGUUUCCUUUGAUCCUGUUGCAGCAAACCCUGUGUUUUGUAAAGAUGUGUGUGAUGAGAACAAUAAAUGGUUAUUGCAAUAAGA